AUGCUCGACGACUGCUUAAAGGAUAGUCAGGUCAUCAUCCUGCCUUGCGAGCCUGCAGGAAGCCACAUAAGCCGGGAACGGCAUGCAGAUCUCGCGCGUGCCAUCAUCUUGGGACUGCGCCGCCUUCGACAGCAGAAAAGCGACGCCGUGGACGCAGCAGCAGCAGCAGGAGAAACUACUGCCGCCCUUUCUUAUCAACCUCCAAGCGUCAUCCAACUACGGUCGCCUGUGCAGCAGCCAGCGUCGUCGUCCGAACCUCCCCCAGAGGCCUGUUGGCUGCCCAGAAUGAUUCAUAGAAUCGCUACCUUCCGUCGCUCCCACGGCGGCGGCUGCGGCAUUGGCAGCAGCGGCAGGAGAUCGAGGCGGGCCGAAUAUCUAUUCACCAAGGCGGCCGCGGAACGGUCUGAGAAGGGAGAAGCAGCACUUAUUCGUCAUACUUUUGUCGACCUGUCCCCAGGUGUCGACUGCGAGCCUCGAGGCAAACGACGUCAUCCCCUCAGGUCCAAGUUCGGCAGACGAAAGCGAAAGCACGAAGCAGUAGUUGAAGAUGAUGAUUUCGAAGCAACCACACUGCUUGGAGACGAAUAUCCUUUGGCCAAAAAGUCGUUCUAUAGUCGCCUCUUGCAACGAAAAACGCGAAAAACGUCAGCUACCGACGAACCCAAAAACCAUCGGUGGUCGGUUCUUGUAGAUGACCAUUCGUAUGCUCAUGCUGCGCCGACGCCGCCCGCAUACCUGGAGAAGACAGUCGUCGAUAGCGAUAGCGACAGCGAUAGCGACAGCGAAGAAGUCUACUUGAAGAGCCAAUCGCGCAAGUGGAUCUCAUGUUUGUUUGCAGGCAUGUGCUACAUCGGCAUGGCCAUCGGAACAAUGCCCCAUGCCAUUCCAGAACAAACACAAGUCUAUUGA